AUGGCUAAUUCAGCUGAACCGUCAUCAUCUUUGAGUUUUACAUCAUCUUUAUCGAAUGCAUCAAUUAGUCACAACUCGAAUGGCAAUGAUCAUGCUCGUAACCUGGAGGUUAUCAGUUUGAGUAAGCUUAGUUCUAAUUUGGAACAGCUGUUGAUUGAUCCUGAAUAUGAUUAUGGUGAUGCGGACAUCAUUGUUGAGGGAGUUUUGGUUAGAGUUCAUCGGUGUAUUUUAGGUUCUAGGAGUAAGUUUUUCCAUGAGCUAUUUAAGAGAGGUAAAGAAAAAGGAUUGGCAAAGAGUGAAGGAAAAUUGAAGUAUUGCUUGAGUGAUUUGUUGCCUUUUGGCAAAGUUGGACAUGAAGCUUUUCUCAUAUUACUUAACUAUGUAUAUACCGGUAAACUCAAACCCUCUCCAAUGGAGGUUUCUACAUGUGUUGAUAAUGUGUGUGCUCAUGAUGCAUGUGGACCUGCAAUUAACUUUGCUGUGGAGUUGAUGUACGCCUCUUCCAUUUUUCAAAUGCGGGAGUUGGUUUCACUUUUUCAGCGACGGCUUCUUAACUUUGUAGGGAAGGCUCUUGUCGAAGACGUCAUUUCAAUCCUUAUGGUUGCUUUCCAUUGUCAAUUGAAUCAACUCGUCGCUCAAUGUGUUGACAGGGUGGCACGAUCAGACCUUGACCAGAUCUCAAUUGAGAAAGCGCUUCCUCACGAGCUCUCCGAAAAAGUUAAAUUGUUCCGCCGUGAUCUUCAGAAGGAUGGUGAAGACGAUGCUCCCGUAGUGGACGCUUUGUCUCUAAAACGAAUCACUAGAAUACACAAGGCAUUGGACUCAGACGACGUCGAGCUUGUUAAACUUCUUUUGAAUGAGUCAGACAUUUCUUUAGAUGAAGCCGGUGCUCUCCACUAUGCAGCAGCCUACUGUGACCCUAAGGUUGUUCCCGAAGUGCUUGGAUUAGGUCUAGCUAAUGUCAAUCUUCGAAAUUCUCGAGGGUACACAGUGCUUCACGUUGCUGCCAUGCGUAAGGAGCCUUCCAUUAUAGUAUCACUUCUUACUAAAGGGGCUUGCGUGUCGGAUUUGACUUUCGAUGGUCAGAGUGCUGUUAGUAUUUGUAGGAGGUUGACAAGACCGAAGGAUUAUCUCACAAAAACAGAACAAGGGAAAGAAACAAACAAAGACCGGAUAUGCAUUGAUGUUCUUGAAAGAGAAAUGCGAAGGAAUCCUUUGGCUGGAGAUACCUCUGUGUCUUCCCAAACAAUGGCUGAUGAUCUCCACAUGAAGCUUCUGUACCUUGAGAACCGCGUGGCAUUUGCAAGACUGUUCUUCCCCUUGGAAGCCAAACUAGCCAUGGACAUUGCUCGUGCAGAGACAACAUCCGAGUUUGCUGGUCUUUCGGCGGGAAAAGGUUCAAAUGGAAACUUAAGGGAGGUUGACCUCAAUGAGACUCCCAUAAUGCAAAACAAAAGACUUAUUUCUAGGAUGGAAGCACUAAUGAAAACAGUGGAAAUGGGGCGGCGCUACUUUCCUCAUUGCUCAGAAGUGCUCGAUAAAUUCAUGGAGGAUGACUUACCUGAUCUGUUUUACCUUGAGAAGGGCACUCAAGAAGAGCAAAGAAUCAAGAGGACGCGAUUCGUGGAGCUUAAAGAUGAUGUCAACAACGCUUUUAGCAAGGACAAGGCUGAGUUUAGUCGCUCCGGGAUUUCAUCUUCAUCAUCCUCAUCAUCUCUUAGAGAUUCUGUAUAUUACAAGGCUAGAAAAAUAUGA